CAGAAACUCAUAAGCGAGGUGAAUCACUACAAUUCUCUUCAAACGAACCGAAGUAGGCAAAAUCCUUUUCUUCCUUCUCGGAAUGGUUGGGUUUCUCUUUCGCCAAUUUUUGCAACAUCGAUCCCGAAUCAUACUGGGACGUUUGCUUAGAGAUCUGAGAGUUAGAAUGGCCGGGAGGCGACGGCGUAAUAGGCGUGUGUUGGAAUCAUUAGAAGCAUGGGAAGCUGCUGCGGUGGUGAUGGAGGAGCGAAAUCGAAAUAUUAGGGAGGAGUUGAGGCGACAGUUUGCACUCAAUUCCCUUGCUAAUCUGUUGGUCCACGAUCGUCUCGUUGAGGUGGAAAAUGACCCCUUGAUGAGGGACGCUUUCCGAAGAACUAACGGUCAGGAUCUCAAUCUACAGGAAAUUUUCUGUAUCAACCCACCUCAACCUUUCCUGGGACAUCGACGGCGCCGCCGAUGAUCGCCGUUGGUAGCUGUGACUUGUGAUCGUUGGGUAAUCUAGGUGGUGGGCCAAGGUUUUAACUAUUAGCUUCUAAAUUUGUUUUUUUUUUUUACAUUUAAAUCUUUUAACUUAUAUUUUUUUCUUAUCUAUUUUUUUGUCCUCUUGAUAAUAUAACAUUGAUGACAUUGUGUCAUGAGUGCCAUAUUAUUAAGAGGACUGAAAAUGGGUCAAAAUAUAAGUUUAAAGAUUAAUAUAAAUAAAAAAAUUGAAAUAUAAGGUGCCAUAUUAUUAAAUAUUUUAU